CGCUGCCACGGAACUGCCACGCCACCAGCGCGUCCGCCCUCAACUGCGACCACGACUUGGACGACGGACAGCGGACACACAGGCACGGACUAUCCUCUCGCUGCUCCCAUGACUUCUCUCUUUCGACGACCGUCGCGAGGCUUAGGUCUAUCCACUCUCUGGCUCGCUGCGGUCCUCCUGCUGCUCUGCCAGCCGACACAUGCCAUCAAGUUCGCUCUCCAAGCCGCCCGCUUCCCUGCACCGAAAUGUGUAUGGAAUGCAGCACAUCCUGGCGCGCUCGUAAUUGUCACAGCAAACAUCGGACCAGGAGAACAUCAGCGAGUUGACAUCGAAAUCAUCGACUCGGGUCCGCAGCGGAACGUGUACCUGAGCAAGAAGAACAUAAGCGGGGAGAAGCGGUUCGCUGUUACCGCACACUCAGACGAGGAUGUCGGGGUCUGCUUCCGCAACUACGUGGAUGCUGGCAAGCAGGGCGGUCCUGUGGAGGCGAAGCCACGUUCGAGGGUGAUAGACCUGGACAUUGACAUUGGCGCGGAUGCUGUGGAUUACAAUGCCAUUGCAAACCAGGAGUCUCUGUCCGGUCUGGAGACCGAGAUGCGGAAACUCGAGGGAGUCGUAAAAGAGAUCGUAGACGAGAUGGACUAUCUCAAGACACGAGAGGAGCGGUUUCAGGCGACAAACAUUUCGACCGGGAUCCGCGUGCAGAACUUUGCAUGGUUCACCCUUUUCUCUCUGGUUGCGUUGGGACUUUGGCAGAUCUUCCACUUACGGGCGUUCUUCAAGCGGAAAUAUCUCAUUGAUUGAGAUGGGACCUGUGUUGUACCGACUACUAUUGAAUGGCGCUGCCGACACCCGAUGAUGCUGCUUGAUAUCCCUGUCUCUGCAAAGGGUGAGAAAGCUGCUGCGGCCAUUACAUGAUGCUCUUGACGUUCUCUGUGUCUAUGCUUGACGGCCAUGUCACCGUGGCUGUACCAUGUUCGUGCUCAUCAAGCGUUACGACGCGAGCUCACGGGAAUAGCUAUGGGAAACGUAAGCUCUC